AUGAGAAGUUGCAUUAUUCUCAGCAUACUGUUUUCUUGGAUUCAAGCUCUGAAGUUUGCCACGCUCCAUUUCCUGACACUCUGUCGGCUUCUGUUGACCCAGGUGUUCGGAAAGAGGAUUUGCAUGAUGAGGAGGCACGAAGAAGCCCCGCGAGUCCCCGUAACCAGACGCCGUCUUGGUUACCGCCGGGUCGUAAAGAUAACUGUGCAUCUUCUUCCCGGCUCUGUGCAGAUGAGUUGCAGAGCAAUCGAUCUGAGUGUCGAGCUGCCAGGGACUGGGCCCGUGCCAAUGACGAUGCAGUUGCUCUUUGGCGGGAAUUCGAACGGCUCCCGAAAGAGGAGUUUUGGGCUCGGAUCGAGGCGCCCAACGCAUGCAAACUUCGAAUGGGAAUUUAGAGUCCCGAGGAGGCGCCGAGUCCUGAGGAGGAUGCUGGCCGUGGGAAAGGCCAGAGGCACCGCAGAAACAGGAGGCGGGCAAGGGCGAAGGCUCAGGCAGUUCUAA